GUGAUGGAGGGUCAGAGGGACAUGGGGACUCAGGCACAUGGACGUGGGCGCAUGGGGUUUGGGAUGUGGGAUGUGUCUAUAGACAUGGGAAUGUGAGACUUGGGGACUUGGGGAUGUGGGAUGUGGGUACGUGGGACACGGAGCAUGAGGCUAUGGGAAUGUGGGGCUGUGAGGCUGUUGAAACAAGACACUGUGGGAACAGAGGUCUGUGGUGCCAUGUGGCUGAUGUGGGGCCGGGGCAGGGGGGAGUGCUGGGGAUCAAGAUCGGGUGGGUGUGUGACCUGGACCGGGCCUGGGAGCGCUGCCUGCCCCACUACUCCUUCACCCGCCUGGACAGCCUGGCCCGGACUCCUGCCCCCGGCUACAACUUCAGGCACGCCAGGUACUACCGCUGGCCCGACGGCUCCGAGCGCCGCACCCUCACCAAGGCCUUCGGCAUCCGCUUCGAUGUCCUGGUGUAUGGCAGUGCCGGGAAGUUCGGCAUCGUCCCCACCCUCAUCAACACAGUGGCAGCUUUCACCUCCAUCGGUGUGGGCACAGUGCUGUGCGACAUCAUCCUGCUCAACUUCCUGAAGGGCGCCGAGCACUACAAGGCCCGCAAGUUCGAGGAGGUGCCAGAGGCCGGUGUGCCCGCGACCCCCGCCACCCCCACGACGUGUCCCCCAGGGGCACUGGGGGGCUGCACUCGGGACAAGCAGUCCACUGACUCAGGCACCUUCUCCCUCGGCCUCUAGCCCUGGUGCCACCUACCCCACUGAGGGGAAGCCCACGGCUGGGUGAGGGGCUUGCCGGGACCCCCGUCGGGCUCCUACUGCCCACCCAGUCUCCACACUGAGCCCCAUCCCACUGUCCCCAGUGCCCACCCCGCAUGCCCAGUCCCAAUCCCAGUGUCCCCA